AAUUCCCAUAGAGCUCCGGCCGACACAUGGGCAAGGUUAGCAACUUCGCUUUUCCACGAGAUAGCUGGAGGACCGCAACUACAACACGUAAAUCUUGCAAAGUCGGCAGCAUGCUUCUAGUGCGCACAGCCGCGAGCCCGGCCUGGCGGUCGGUCACCACACGCCGUUAUGUAUCUUCGUUGUCGCAGAACCCACACAUAAAAGUAUUUCCUACCCCGGGCGGCCACCUGCUCACAUACCUCGAAACAAACCCACCAAAUGCAAAGCUCGCAAUCGGCACGACGACAGAACUUCCCGCCACCCCGAGGUCAUUCCGCGAGAACCCUGCGUUCAUGCCAAUGCUGAACGAGGUGCUGUCCAAAUAUGCGGCGCAGGACCCCGGUCUCAAGGCACAGGCUCAGGCGUUCGCCAGUCCUGGCGGCAUGACCUUUGGUGCCGGAGGAGGGGCAUUCUCGCAGCAGAGACGGCGAGCGACCAAAAGUGGCGAUAGUGGCAGCGGAGCCAGCGGACAAGGUGGUGCCGGUGGAGGCGGCGUUGGCGGACACGUACAUCUCAGUGAUCUGCGCAAUCCACCGGACUAUGGGCGUAUCGCGUGGCCGGAAGAUAUCUUUGGUAGCAUAGAAGUCAACGGCCGCGGCGAGUUGGUUGGCGAGUUUGAGCCGAGUGGGACGUAUCGCAUCCUCACGAAUGAAGGAAUGUAAGUGGCGCCAGACUCUUAUUGUCCGGGUGAGCCUGUGCUAAUUCUCACCUCUAUACAGUCUCGGGCUGUCCGACUUUCUUCGGACAAAGGUUGUCGAGUUUCUCAAGGCAAAGGAGAAGUCAGGCUAAGCCAUGUCGUCGAGUCUGGUUCUUUCUUUGACGCAGUGGCCGAGGUGUCGGCCGAUGGCCGCACUUCUUCACCUGCCAGCUCUUCGAGCCACCAAUGCUGGCAAAGCAGCAUAAAAAUGUACUGUACCUGUAGAAUAAGAGAUACCAGAGGUACCAGAGCUUGAAGCCGAAUGCACCCUAAAGAGCAAAGGCAAGCCGGCCGUCGGCAUCAGCGGUGCGUGACUUUUUGGCAGAUUGUGCAGAAACGUUUGUCUGAGGAGCUCCAGCCACGAGGCCUGUGAUUAUGUACGUAGCUUGUCGGACAGUGCACGGAGGUGAGCAACAAAAGCUCG